GUUUGCUACCGAUUAUCUUGGACGAAGAGUAAACUCUUUUAAAAAAAUAAUCAUCGUUAAGCAAUAACUAUCUGAAAAAUUGGGAAGUGAAGCGUAAGGAAGGAGAGAGAGAAAAGCGUGUGGGAUGAGCAAGGGCGUGGGAAAUGUGGUGUGUGUGACCGGUGCUUCCGGUUUCAUGGCUUCAUGGAUCGUCAAAUUCCUUCUCCAACGCGGUUACACCGUCAGAGCCACCGUUCGCGAGCCUAGCAAUCCGAACAAGGUUGACCACUUGCUCAGACUGGAGGGCGCAAAUGAGAGGCUGCAGCUCUUCAAGGCGGAUCUGCUGGAAGAAGGUUCCUUCGACUCCGCCGUCGACGGCUGCGACGCUGUUUUUCAUACCGCUUCACCUGUUCGUCUAGGGCCUGUCAACGAUCCACAGGCCGAGUUAAUUGAUCCAGCAGUAAAGGGAACUCUUAAUGUUCUCAAAUCAUGUGCAAAAUCACCAUCUGUGAAACGGGUUAUCUUCACUUCUUCUGUUUCUGCAGUUAUAUUUAAUGAAAGACCUAAAACUCCUGAAGUAGUAGUUGAUGAGACAUGGUUUUCAAAUCCAGACUUCUGUAGGGAAUUGGAGAGGUGGUACUCGCUUUCAAAGACUUUGGCUGAGGAUGCUGCCUGGAAAUUUGUAAAUGAAAACAAUAUUGACAUGAUUACUAUUAACCCAGUAAUGGUGUCAGGACCUCUCUUACAAUCAGAGAUUAAUGAAAGCGUUGAGCCAAUUUUGAACCUAAUAAAUGGUAAACAAUUUCCAAAUAAAUCUUUUGGAUGGGUGGAUGUGAAAGAUGUUGCUAACGCUCAUAUUCUAGCAUAUGAGAUUGCUUCUGCUUGUGGACGAUACUGUUUGGCUGAGAGAGUCAUACACUUUUCUGAGCUUGCUCGGAUUUUACGUGAUAUGUACCCCACGUUACAAAUUACAGAUAAGUGUGAGGUGGAUGAGGCGUAUAUGCCAACAUACCAGAUUUCCACGGAAAAGGCAAAAAAGAGUUUGGGAAUAGACUUUACUCCUUUGGAAGUGAGUCUUAAGGAGACAGUGGAAAGCUUCAGAGAAAAGGACAUUGUUAACUUUUAAUUCUUGAUAUAUCCUACAUGAAUAAAUGUUAAUGACUACGAUAAACUCCAUGCUUGAGAAGGAAUAAGGCUUGUAUUUAAUCAAACAGGAUAAUUGUUAUAUUAAUAAAGGACCAAAUAAAAAAAAGAAAUUGCAUUU